AAUGAUGAAAAUGGAGACACACCCCUGGUAACUGCGUGUCGUGAAGGACAUGUCGAUGUGGUAAAAUACCUACUGAAAGCAGGGGCUGAUAUCACAGAACAAGAUAAAUUUGGGCACACACCCUUGGUAACUGCAUGUUUUCAUGGACAUAUAAAAGUGGUGGAGGGGUUGGUUAAAGCGAAGGCUAAUGUGAAUCUUCAGGAUGGAGAGGGAAACACACCAUUGGUAGCUGCAUGCCGUAAAGGACAUGUCGGUGUGGUAGACGUUCUAGUGGAAGCAAAGGCUGAUUUAAAGAAAAGCGAUGCAAAUGGAGACACAUCCCUAGAAACUGCAUGUUUUCAUGGACAUAUAAGUGUGGUGGAUGAGUUGGUUAAAGCGAAGGCUAAUGUGAAUCUUCAGGAUGGAAAUGGAAACACACCACUGGUAGCUGCAUGUCGUAAAGGACAUGUCGGUGUGGUAGAAUUGCUAGUGAAUGCUGGGGUUGAUAUCUACAAAUAUGAUGAACAUGGAUACACACCACUGGUAACUGCGUGUCGUAGAGGACAUGUCGGUGUGGUAGAAGUCCUAAUGGCAGCAGGGGCUGAUUUGAAGAAAAGUGAUGAAAAUGGAUACACACCACUGGUAACUGCGUGUCAUGAAGGACAUGUAGAUGUGGUAAAAUACCUACUGAAAUCAGGGGCUGAUAUCACAGAACGUGUCAAAGUUGGUCACACACCACUGGUAACUGCAUGUUUUGAUGGACAUAUAAGUGUAGUGGAUGAGUUAGUAAAGGCGAAGGCUAAUGUGAAUCUUCAGGAUGGAAAGGGAAACACACCAUUGGUAAGUGCAUGUCAUAAAGGACAUGCAAGUGUGGUAGAAUUGCUAGUGAAAGCAGGGGCUGACAUCAACAAAAGUGAUAAAUAUGGGACAAUACCACUAGUAGCUGCAUGUUUGCAUGGACACGCACGUGUGAUGGAUAAGCUGGUGGAAUUAGGGGCUGACGUCAAUCGAAAGCAUGGGACUGGAUACACACCUUUGGGAUAUGCGAGUUUUAAAGGACAUGUGGAUAUGGUGAAAAUGUUAUUGAAAUAUGGCGCCGAUAUAAAUCAACGGGAUACAAAAGGAAGAACAGCAUUAGAAAUUGCAAAUAAAAAUAAAAAUAAGAGGGUGAUAGAGGAGCUAGAGAAGGCUUUCAUCAGUCAUCAAUCUCCUGAAUAGAAGGACUGUAUGCUGCAGCUCCAUGUAAGAGAACAUAUGAUGCUCGUUUGAAUUUUGUAGCAUUGGAGAUAGCAUAACAAUAUUUAUCACAUGUUUACUCCUUUAUCCAGUGGAUAUCACCCAUUAAAUCUUAAUUACUACACUAUGUUUUCCUACACCGUUUGUAGGUCAAAGGCUCGGGGAUAGAAAAGACAACUCUUUGAAAAUAAAUCAUGUCAAACCACGAACCAGGGGAGAUCCUGUAUUCAAUGACAGAUAAAUUUGAUUGAAACUUGCACCAUCCAAAAAUAUGCAACACAUUCACACUUUUUUGUUUUGAAUUUUGUAACGUAACAUCAGAUACUUCGAAAUAUUUUCCAGGAAUGCGUUCUGCGAAAAAUUAUGACACCAUAGUGAAGGAAUCGGAUGUCUAAAGAGAAUACCGGGUUUUUACUGAGCCCAGAGAUUACAUUAACGGAAUAUGCGAUGUCAUUUGGGUCUCUUUAAUUCAUUAACAGUAAUAGACGUAAAUAUAUUCUGUUUCCCACCGAAAACAUCAACGAAUGUGUUAGUCUAGAAUUAUAGCAUAUUACAUUGAAGUAUGGCGAACAUUUAUUAGCUGUAUUUCGGAUGAUACAUGUACAACAAACAGAGGUUUUAUAGGGUUAAACAUAUAGAGUUUUAAAUUAUGGCGAAAUUGCAAACGAUCUGUACCGUUGUAUACUGCCUGCUAACGUCAUGAUAAAAAUAUCGAUAAAUCAGAUGGAUGUAUCAAAGCGUUGUGGUGAAGAAAUAGUUUUCUUGAACUCUUACUCGGGAAUUUCAAUGUAUAUUUCAGUUAUCAUAAAAUGAUUCUGUCACAACACAGGUAGUGCCCAACACUUUUCAAGAACUAAGUUGAGUAAUCUGUUAAUAUCAUGUUGUAUUAUAUAAUAUAGCAUAAGGUAUGAUAUAAGGUAUUAUAUCAUAUAUAUAUAUAUAUAUAUAUAUAUA